AUGGUGGAUACUUCAACGACUACAAAUGAUAAUACUAGAGACAUUUCAACGUCUUCACAAACUUCAUUUCAUUGGGAAAACGAAAACGAGAAUGGCGUCAGUAAUGAAGAGCUACAAAUGGCUAUAGCUAGUGGGAUGAAAUUAAUGCGGGUAUUUGAACAACAAGAUAGUGAAAAUGAGACGAGUAGUAGUAAUUUACAGGACCAAGAAAAUUCAAAACAAGUAUUAAAUGGAAUCCUAGAUGCCAAAUAUGAUAAAUUUAUUCCACCCAGAGAUAUUAACGCUGUUGUAAGUUCAUUAAUUCACGUUUUAAAUCAAAGCGUUAGACAAAAUCAACAGUUAAAAUUGAAGAAUAUGAUUCUUAAAUCUAAUAGUGGUGAUGUUCAAUCGAGAUAUGAAGUGGAAGAAAAUUUAAAGAAGCAGCAAUUUGAAAGGAAGAAAUGUCAAUUGUUUUUAGAGAGGGAACAUUUAAUUAAAAGAAUACAGACUAAAGAUGGUAAGGUGGCUAAAUAUAAAAAUAAAAUUAUUGAAAAGAACAGAGAGAUUAAUAGACUGAUGAGAAUUUUAAAUGAACAUUCCAUUUCGGAUACUCCAAAAAUUAAUGAUGAUAAUAGUAAUAAUAAUAACAAGAAUAAUAAUAAUAGUAAGAAUCAAAAUAGUAAUAAUAGCGCACCUAAUAGGGUUUUGAAGCCAAGCUCUGCAUCAAAUACACCGACGGCGGUAUCAUCAACGUCGAACAAGGAAAAGGCAUCAGAUAUGUUAAGAACUUUAGGCAUGUUAGCGUCACAAGUAUUAAAUGAUGAAGUUGAUGAAGAUUCCGCAAAUCAAACAACUAUACAGGCGAAUAAUAGUGGCUUGAAGGGGCCUGCGGAUUGCAAUACGACCGAACCUGAAAUAUUACAUAGUCCAAAUGUCAGUGUGGCGAUUCCCAAUUCAGAAUCUAUAAAUGGUCAAUCCGGUGAACCAAGAUCUACAUCGACGGGGAAUGGUAAUCACAGUAACUUUCUAAAGCAAUUACCGAUCCAAAUGCCAAAAAUGAAACGGUUUAGUACCGUAGAUGGUACUGUUAAAGAUAUUGAAUAG